AUGGCAAAGACGGCGCAAGAUCGCGCGUUCAUCCUGGAAGCGAGACAUCGUCAGUGUGUGGAGCGCCACUUGAAGAGUCCCUGCAAAGUUUUAAAGGAGGAGCUUUUUGACGACUAUGCCGAGGAUUUUGACCAGCAUUUGGGAGCCCUGCGCUAUGAUGUUCCGAGCUCUUUGUUGGCCAUGCUGCCAAUGGCCAAGUUCAAUCGCUGCAUUGACCUGGGAUGUGGCACGGGCCUAGCUGGUGUCCGGCUGCGCGAUCGUUGCAAGGUGCUGGAGGGCGUCGAUCUCUCGCACUGCAUGAUUGAGAAAGCUCGGGAGAAGCAUGUCUACGACGAACUCCACUGUCGGGACUUGGUGGCGCACCUGCGGCGUCAGGCUAGCAGCACCUGCGACUUGAUGAUUGCCACAGAUGUGGUCCUCUAUCUCUACUCUAUGGCGCCCUUCAUCGCAGAGGCCGAGAGGGUGUUGUCAACGGGCGGCCUCCUCGCCUUCUCUACCGAGUCUGCAUCAGAAGAAGAAGCUCCCCGUGGAGUCAUUGAACGAACGAGUGAGCGCUUUGCCCACACGCGUAGGUUCAUCUUGGAGCUUGCAGAGAACUUCGUCCCGGAAGACAUCAAGGAAGUGGACGUCCGGCUCGACGGCUUCGCAGGCCUUGUCAAAGGAGACAUCUUCCUGCUUCGUCUUUCCCACCCUGAGGAUGUCACGAAGUCGAAAGAAAGGGAGGCGGAGUAA